UACCAUGCUUGAAUCCUCAAAAUUUUGAAAGUGGAAUAGGAAGCAAGCGAUCAUGAAGGUAUCCGCGACCUCUCUACUCUUCAUUGUGGUUUCUACCACGGCCCUCUCGAUACCAGCAGGUAAUCGACAGAGUCAAGAAAUAGGAUCAAUAUCAAAUCCAAUAAACAAUGUCAGAGCUAGCCAAGGAAUAAAUGCAGGAAUAAAUGCAGGAAUAAAUGCAAAUGCAAAAGUAGGAUCAAAAACAGGAGUUAAUUCCAAUAUAAAUGCAGGUAAUCGACAGGGUCAAGGAAUAGGAUCAAUAUCAAAUUCAAUAAACAAUAUCAGAGCUAGCCAAGGAAUAAAUGCAGGAAUAAAUGCAGGAAUAAAUGCAGGAAUAAAUGCAGGAAUAAAUGCAGGAAUAAAUGCAGGAAUAAAUGCAAAUGCGAAGGGAGGAUCAAAAACAGGAGCUAAUUUCAAUAUAAAUGCAGGAGUACAAGCACAAUCGAAAGGAAAAUCAAAUGUAGGAGCUAAUUUAGGUAUACAUGCAGGAUUAGGUCAACAAUGGAAUAUUCCGUCUUAUUCCAAACAUUCUGGACAUAAUAAUGAUAAUUAUAAUAAUAAGGGUUAUUCAUAUUACUUUCCUCGAAUAAUCGAAUUUCCUAAAAUACCUAAACUUCCUCAUAUACCCUUACCUUUCCCCCUUUGGUCUACGAAAACUACAACCACUACAACUGAAAAACCAUGCGACGAAUCAAGUAUGACUACUACUACUGCAAAACCAACAAAAGCACCAACGAGUAAACCAUCACCAAGUACUAAAUCUACUUCAACCACUAAAAAAUCAAGUGAAGCACCGAGCAGUUCGGCGUCACCAAGUUCUGAAAAAAUUCCUUGCGAAGAAUCUAGCGCAGCACCAAGCAGCUCUGCCCACCCAAGUUCUACGAGCUCAAAAAAACCAAGUGAAGCACCGAGCAGUUCUGCCUCGCCAAGUUCGUCCAGUUCUGAAAAACCCAGCGAAGCAACAAACAGUUCGGCAUCACAAAGUUCUGAAACUACUCCAUGUGAAGAAUCUAGCGUAACACCUAGCAGCUCUGCAGUUCCAAGUUCGUCCAAUUCUGAAAAACCCAGUGAAGCCCCGAGCAGCUCUGUUUCACCAAGUUCUUCCAGCUCUGAACAACCCAGCGAAGCCCCAAGCAGCUCUGUCCCGCCUAGUUCUUCCAGUUCUGAACAACCCAGUGAAGCAACCAGCAGCUCGGUCUCAACAAGUUCUCCCAGUUCUGAACAACCAAGCGAAGCACCCAGCAGCUCUCCCUCGCCAAGUUCUUCCAGCUCUGAACAACCCAGUGAAGCCCCAAGCAGCUCUGCCUCACCUAGUUCUUCAAGUUCUGAACAACCAAGCGAAGCACCGAGCAGUUCGGCAUCACCAAGUUCUGAAUCUACUCCUUGUGAAGAAUCUAGCGUAGCACCCAGCAGCUCUCCCUCGCCAAGUUCUUCCAGCUCUGAACAACCCAGCGAAGCACCCAGCAGCUCGGCCUCACCAAGUUCUCCCAGUUCUGAACAACCAAGCGAACCUCCAAGCAGUUCGGCAUCACCAAGUUCUUCCAGCUCUGGACAACCAAGCGAAGCGCCAAGCAGCUCUGCCUCACCUAGUUCUUCAAGUUCUGAACAACCCAGCCAAGCACCGAGCAGUUCGGCAUCACCAAGUUCUGAAUCUACACCUUGUGAAGAAUCUAGCGUAGCACCCAGCAGCUCUCCCUCGCCAAGUUCUUCCAGCUCUGAACAACCCAGCGAAGCACCCAGCAGCUCACCCUCACCAAGUUAUCCCAGUUCUGAACAACCAAGCGAAGCACCAAGCAGCUCUGCCUCGCCUAGUUCUUCCAGCUCUGGACAACCAAGCGAAGCACCAAGCAGCUCUGCCUCGCCAAGUUCGUCCAGCUCUGAACAACCCAGUGAAGCCCCAAGCAGCUCUGCCUCGCCAAGUUCUUCCAGCUCUGAACAACCCAGUGAAGCACCCAGCAGCUCUGCUUCACCAAGUUCUUCCAGCUCUGGACAACCAAGCGAACCUCCAAGCAGCUCUGCCUCGCCAAGUUCUUCCAGCUCUGAACAACCCAGUGAAGCCCCAAGCAGCUCUGCCUCACCUAGUUCUUCAAGUUCUGAACAACCCAGCCAAGCACCGAGCAGUUCGGCAUCACCAAGUUCUGAAUCUACUCCUUGUGAGGAAUAUAGCGUAGAUCCAAGCAGCUCUGCCUCGCCAAGUUCUUCCAGCUCUGAACAACCCAGUGAAGCACCCAGCAGCUCUGCUUCACCAAGUUCUUCCAGCUCUGGACAACCAAGCGAACCUCCAAGCAGCUCCGCCUCGCCUAGUUCUUCCAGUUCUGAACAACCAAGCGAAGCUCCAAGCAGCUCUGCCUCGCCAAGUUCUUCCAGCUCUGAACAACCCAGUGAAGCACCCAGCAGCUCGGCCUCACCAAGUUCUCCCAGUUCUGAACAACCAAGCGAAGCAACGAGCAGUUCGGCAUCACCAAGUUCUUCCAGCUCUGGACAACCAAGUGAAGCGCCAAGCAGUUCUGCCUCGCCUAGUUCUUCCAGUUCUGAACAACCAAGCGAAGCUCCAAGCAGUUCUGCCUCGCCUAGUUCUUCAAGUUCUGAACAACCCAGCGAAGUACCGAGCAGUUCGGGAUCACCAAGUUCUGAAUCUACUCCUUGUGAGGAAUAUAGCGUAGCUCCAAGCAGCUCUGCCUCGCCAAGUUCUUCCAGCUCUGAACAACCAAGCGAAGCCCCAAGCAGCUCUGCCUCACCAAGCUCUUCCAGUUCUGAACAACCCAGUGAAGCACCCAGCAGCUCUGCUUCACCAAGUUCUUCCAACUCUGGACAACCAAGCGAACCUCCAAGCAGCUCUGCCUCGCCUAGUUCUUCCAGUUCUGAACAACCAAGCGAAGCUCCAAGCAGCUCUGCCUCGCCAAGUUCUUCCAGCUCUGGACAACCAAGCGAACCUCCAAGCAGCUCCGCCUCGCCUAGUUCUUCCAGUUCUGAACAACCAAGCGAAGCUCCAAGCAGCUCUGCCUCGCCAAGUUCUUCCAGCUCUGAACAACCCAGUGAAGCACCCAGCAGCUCGGCCUCACCAAGUUCUCCCAGUUCUGAACAACCAAGCGAAGCAACGAGCAGUUCGGCAUCACCAAGUUCUUCCAGCUCUGGACAACCAAGUGAAGCGCCAAGCAGUUCUGCCUCGCCUAGUUCUUCCAGUUCUGAACAACCAAGCGAAGCUCCAAGCAGUUCUGCCUCGCCUAGUUCUUCAAGUUCUGAACAACCCAGCGAAGCACCGAGCAGUUCGGGAUCACCAAGUUCUGAAUCUACUCCUUGUGAGGAAUAUAGCGUAGCUCCAAGCAGCUCUGUCUCGCCAAGUUCUUCUAGCUCUGAACAACCAAGCGAAGCCCCAAGCAGCUCUGCCUCACCAAGCUCUUCCAGUUCUGAACAACCCAGUGAAGCACCCAGCAGCUCUGCUUCACCAAGUUCUUCCAGCUCUGGACAACCAAGCGAACCUCCAAGCAGCUCUGCCUCGCCUAGUUCUUCCAGUUCUGAACAACCAAGCGAAGCUCCAAGCAGCUCUGCCUCGCCAAGUUCUUCCAGCUCUGAACAACCCAGUGAAGCACCCAGCAGCUCGGCCUCACCAAGUUCUCCCAGUUCUGAACAACCAAGCGAAGCACCGAGCAGUUCGGCAUCACCAAGUUCUUCCAGCUCUGGACAACCAAGUGAAGAUCCAAGCAGCUCUGCCUCGCCUAGUUCUUCCAGUUCUGAACAACCAAGCGAAGCUCCAAGCAGUUCUGCCUCGCCAAAUUCUUCAAGUUCUGAACAACCCAGCGAAGCACCGAGCAGUUCGGGAUCACCAAGUUCUGAAUCUACUCCUUGUGAGGAAUAUAGCGUAGCUCCAAGCAGCUCUGCCUCGCCAAGUUCUUCUAGCUCUGAACAACCCAGUGAAGCACCCAGCAGCUCUGCCUCGCCAAGUUCUUCUAGCUCUGAACAACCCAGUGAAGCACCCAGCAGCUCGGCCUCACCAAGUUCUCCCAGUUCUGAACAACCCAGUGAAGCACCGAGCAGUUCGGCAUCACCAAGUUCUUCCAGCUCUGGUCAACCAAGCGAAGCGCCAAGCAGCUCUGCCUCACCAAGUUCUUCUAGCUCUGGACAACCAAGUGAAGCUCCAAGCAGCUCUGCCUCGCCUAGUUCUUCCAGCUCUGGUCAACCAAGCGAAGCGCCAAGCAGCUCUGCCUCACCAAGUUCUUCUAGCUCUGGACAACCCAGUGAAGCACCCAGCAGCUCGGCCUCACCAAGUUCUCCCAGUUCUGAACAACCCAGUGAAGCACCGAGCAGUUCGGCAUCACCAAGUUCUUCCAGCUCUGGUCAACCAAGCGAAGCGCCAAGCAGCUCUGCCUCACCAAGUUCUUCUAGCUCUGGACAACCAAGUGAAGCUCCAAGCAGCUCUGCCUCGCCUAGUUCUUCCAGCUCUGGUCAACCAAGCGAAGCGCCAAGCAGCUCUGCCUCACCUAGUUCUUCUAGCUCUGGACAACCAAGUGAAGCUCCAAGCAGCUCUGCCUCGCCUAGUUCUUCCAGUUCUGAACAACCAAGCGAAGCCCCAAGCAGCUCUGCCUCACCAAGCUCUUCCAGCUCUGAACAACCCAGUGAAGCACCGAGCAGUUCGGCAUCACCAAGUUCUUCCAGCUCUGGUCAACCAAGCGAAGCGCCAAGCAGCUCUGCCUCACCUAGUUCUUCAAGUUCUGAACAACCCAGCGAAGCACCGAGCAGUUCGGGAUCACCAAGUUCUGAAUCUACUCCUUGUGAGGAAUAUAGCGUAGCUCCAAGCAGCUCUGCCUCGCCAAGUUCUUCCAGCUCUGAACAACCAAGCGAAGCCCCAAGCAGCUCUGCCUCACCAAGCUCUUCCAGCUCUGAACAACCCAGUGAAGCACCCAGCAGCUCUGCUUCACCAAGUUCUUCCAGCUCUGGACAACCAAGCGAACCUCCAAGCAGCUCUGCCUCGCCUAGUUCUUCUAGUUCUGAACAACCAAGCGAAGCUCCAAGCAGCUCUGCCUCGCCAAGUUCUUCCAGCUCUGAACAACCCAGUGAAGCACCCAGCAGCUCGGCCUCACCAAGUUCUCCCAGUUCUGAACAACCAAGCGAAGCACCGAGCAGUUCGGCAUCACCAAGUUCUUCCAGCUCUGAACAACCAAGCGAAGCACCAAGCAGCUCUGCCUCACCAAGUUCUUCUAGCUCUGGUCAACCAAGCGAAGCGCCAAGCAGCUCUGCCUCACCAAGUUCUUCUAGCUCUGGACAACCAAGUGAAGCCCCAAGCAGCUCUGCCUCGCCUAGUUCUUCCAGUUCUGAACAACCAAGCGAAGCCCCAAGCAGCUCUGCCUCACCAAGCUCUUCCAGCUCUGAACAACCCAGUGAAGCACCGAGCAGUUCGGCAUCACCAAGUUCUUCCAACUCUGGUCAACCAAGCGAAGCGCCAAGCAGCUCUGCCUCACCUAGUUCUUCAAGUUCUGAACAACCCAGCGAAGCACCGAGCAGUUCGGGAUCACCAAGUUCUGAAUCUACUCCUUGUGAGGAAUAUAGCGUAGCUCCAAGCAGCUCUGCCUCGCCAAGUUCUUCCAGCUCUGAACAACCAAGCGAAGCCCCAAGCAGCUCUGCCUCACCAAGCUCUUCCAGCUCUGAACAACCCAGUGAAGCACCCAGCAGCUCUGCUUCACCAAGUUCUUCCAGCUCUGGACAACCAAGCGAAGCUCCAAGCAGCUCUGCCUCGCCUAGUUCUUCCAGUUCUGAACAACCAAGCGAAGCUCCAAGCAGCUCUACCUCGCCAAGUUCUUCCAGCUCUGAACAACCCAGUGAAGCACCCAGCAGCUCGGCCUCACCAAGUUCUCCCAGUUCUGAACAACCAAGCGAAGCACCGAGCAGUUCAGCAUCACCAAGUUCUUCCAGCUCUGAACAACCAAGCGAAGCACCAAGCAGCUCUGCCUCACCAAGUUCUUCUAGCUCUGGACAACCAAGUGAAGCUCCAAGCAGCUCUGCCUCGCCUAGUUCUUCCAGUUCUGAACAACCAAGCGAAGCUCCAAGCAGUUCUGCCUCGCCUAGUUCUUCAAGUUCUGAACAAUCCAGCGAAGCACCGAGCAGUUCGGGAUCACCAAGUUCUGAAUCUACUCCUUGUGAGGAAUAUAGCGUAGCUCCAAGCAGCUCUGCCUCGCCAAGUUCUUCCAGCUCUGAACAACCAAGCGAAGCCCCAAGCAGCUCUGCCUCACCAAGCUCUUCCAGCUCUGAACAACCCAGUGAAGCACCCAGCAGCUCUGCUUCACCAAGUUCUUCCAGCUCUGGACAACCAAGCGAAGCUCCAAGCAGCUCUGCCUCACCAAGUUCUCCCAGUUCUGAACAACCAAGCGAAGCACCAAGCAGCUCUGCCUCGCCUAGUUCUUCCAGUUCUGAACAACCAAGCGAAGCUCCAAGCAGCUCUGCCUCGCCAAGUUCUUCCAGCUCUGAACAACCAAGCGAAGCUCCAAGCAGCUCUGCCUCGCCAAGUUCUUCCAGCUCUGAACAAUCCAGUGAAGCCCCAAGCAGCUCUGCCUCGCCUAGUUCUUCCAGUUCUGAACAACCAAGCGAAGCUCCAAGCAGCUCUGCCUCGCCUAGUUCUUCCAGUUCUGAACAACCAAGCGAAGCUCCAAGCAGCUCUGCCUCGCCUAGUUCUUCCAGUUCUGAACAACCAAGCGAAGCUCCAAGCAGUUCUGCCUCACCUAGUUCUUCCAGUUCUGAACAACCAAGCGAAGCUCCAAGCAGUUCUGCCUCGCCUAGUUCUUCAAGUUCAGGAGAACCCAGCGAAGCACCGAGCAGUUCGGCCUCUCCAAGUUCUGAAAGUACACCUUGUGAAGAAUCUAGCGUAGCAUCGAGCAGUUCUGCCUCGCCUAGUUCUUCCAGUUCUAUCCAUCCAAGCGGCGGACCGAGUAGCUCUUUGCCAAGUUCUGGUUCAACCCCUUGGAUCAGUUCGACCCGUUUUCCUCACCACUUUACUGAUUCAGUCGGUCGACAGUGCUAUUGUUACUGAUUUUUAAAAUUACUUAAAAUUUUUUAAUUCGGCUCAGUUAUUUUAAAACGUCAACAAUUUUACUAUAUCUUUCUGAAACAUAAUUACUAAACAUAGACUAAAUUUGUAAUUGGCAUUUUCUGUAAAUUGAAUCAAACUGUUAUUUUAAUUGAAUAAAUUAUUUUAUGAAAAUA